CAUUCUGGGAAAGGGCAGUUUCCGUUAGGUGCAGAGGGCUGAGGCGCGCCACCGGCCACAUUCCCACGUGAAGCUCUACGCGAUCCUCGCUUCGUGGGGUAGCUCCCUACUUGCGGCAGAGCGUCCCGGAAGCAGCGGGGAACCGGAAGUGGCCCGCGGAAGCUGAGGAACUAGUCCCAGAACCCAGUGUGAGGCGACUGGGAGCGCUGCGGCGGCGCCAUGUCCCUGAUCUGCUCUAUCUCCAAUGAAGUGCCAGAACACCCAUGUGUGUCCCCUGUCUCUAAUCAUGUGUACGAGCGGCGGCUCAUUGAGAAGUACAUUGCAGAAAAUGGUACAGAUCCAAUCAACAACCAGCCUCUCUCAGAGGAGCAGCUCAUCGACAUCAAAGUUGCUCACCCAAUCCGUCCCAAGCCACCCUCAGCCACCAGCAUCCCGGCCAUUCUGAAAGCCUUACAAGAUGAGUGGGAUGCGGUCAUGCUGCACAGCUUCACUCUGCGCCAGCAGCUGCAGACAACCCGCCAGGAGUUGUCCCAUGCUCUGUACCAGCAUGAUGCUGCCUGCCGUGUCAUUGCCCGUCUCACCAAGGAAGUCACUGCUGCCCGAGAAGCUCUGGCUACCCUGAAACCACAGGCUGGCCUCAUUGUGCCCCAGACUGUGCCAAGCUCACAGCCAAGUGUUGUGGGUUCAGGUGAGCCCAUGGAUUUGGGCGAGCUGGUGGGAAUGACCCCCGAGAUUAUCCAGAAGCUGCAAGACAAGGCCACUGUGCUAACCACGGAGCGUAAGAAGAGAGGAAAAACUGUACCUGAGGAGCUGGUGAAACCAGAAGAGCUCAGCAAAUACCGGCAGGUGGCUUCCCAUGUGGGAUUGCACAGUGCCAGCAUUCCUGGGAUUCUUGCCCUGGACCUCUGCCCCUCUGACACCAACAAGAUCCUCACUGGUGGGGCGGAUAAGAACGUUGUUGUUUUCGAUAAGAGUUCAGAGCAAAUCCUGGCCACCCUCAAAGGCCAUACCAAGAAGGUCACCAGUGUGGUGUUUCACCCUUCCCAGGACCUGGUAUUUUCUGCUUCCCCGGAUGCCACCAUCAGGAUUUGGUCUGUCCCAAACACCUCUUGUGUGCAGGUUGUCCGGGCCCAUGAAAGCGCUGUGACAGGCCUCAGCCUCCAUGCCACUGGUGACUAUCUCCUGAGCUCCUCUGAUGACCAGUACUGGGCCUUCUCUGACAUCCAGACAGGGCGUGUGCUCACCAAGGUGACAGAUGAGACCUCUGGCUGCUCUCUCACCUGUGCACAGUUCCACCCUGAUGGGCUCAUUUUUGGAACAGGAACCAUGGACUCUCAGAUCAAGAUCUGGGACUUGAAGGAACGCACCAAUGUGGCCAACUUCCCUGGCCACUCGGGCCCCAUCACCAGUAUCGCCUUCUCUGAGAACGGGUACUAUCUGGCUACAGCAGCCGAUGACUCCUCUGUCAAGUUGUGGGACUUGCGCAAGCUAAAGAACUUCAAGACGUUGCAGCUUGACAACAACUUUGAGGUGAAGUCUCUGAUCUUUGACCAGAGCGGCACCUACCUGGCCCUCGGGGGCACAGAUGUCCAGAUCUACAUCUGUAAACAAUGGACAGAAAUUCUUCACUUUACAGAACACAGUGGUCUGACCACAGGGGUGGCCUUUGGGCACCACGCCAAGUUCAUCGCUUCGACUGGCAUGGAUAGGAGCCUCAAGUUCUACAGCCUGUAGGCCCCACGCCUUCUCUGAGAAGCUGGGCCUCAUAUCAGUAGUGGGGUAGAAUUUGGGGUGGGAGGGUGGGGGGGGAGGGGGCAUCUGUGGGUGGGACAUUCACAUCAUUUCACUCUGGUCUGGGUGGUGGCCUGAGAGCCAUGGCAGCAUGGACCACCCUCAUCCAUGUGCCUCUAAGCCCCACAGGAAUGGACAUAGGAGGAAGAGCUGUCACCCUGUAAAGGCUCAGGGUUGCAGCCCGGGGCCUCUCCCCUUGAGGUGGUGGCUGUUCUCCCCACUGUCUCAGUUCCUGUGAGACAGGGAGAGGCUGAGCCAAGGGCACUGUGAAGGGGAUGGGCUUGAGGGAGCGCACAGGUUUUUGUAAGCAGUGAUCUAGUUUCAUUAAAAAAAGAAAACAAUAAACGUACCACCUCCUUG